AUGGCGGACCCAGAGUGGGAAACAACCGAUGUUCUGAUCUGUGGAUGCGGCCCCACAGGAGCAAUGUUAUCCGGUUAUUUGGGCCAACUUGAAGUCAACAAUAUCGUUCUGGAGAAAGAAGCUGCUAUCACAACUGAUCCGCGUGGGAUUGCUCUCGACGAUGAUGGAAUCAGAUAUGUGCAAGGCCUUGGCUUGUAUGAACACUUUUUCACAGAGAUCGGUUCCAGCAUGUCUAAAUGUCAUUUUCUGAGUGGGGCUGAGAAGAAUCUACAAAUGAAGCCAUUUCUUUCGUUUGAUAUUGGCUCGGUCGAAGGAAAUACAGGACAUGUUGGUCUUUUCGCUCACAAACAACCAGUCCUGGAGAAGUAUCUUCGGACUUCAAUCGAGAAAGCAGCGUGUAGCACAUUGAGAAGCAAAUGCGCACUAACCUCGAUAUCUGAAGAUAAAGACUGGGUCUACGCCAUAUACGAUGACUCCGGGGUAGAAAAGCGAAUUCGUGCAAAGUUUCUGGUCGCUGCUGAUGGAAAGACGGGAUUCACACGAAAAAUGUACCUGGAGCCCAAAGGCAUUCAGCUGGAAUGGGCAGAGCCGUAUGAUAACCACCUGAUCACAAGAAUUCAAUAUACUCAUAUGAAGAUAGGACCAAAUAUCAAGAAACUUGGGUUGCGCUCAAUUGGAAACUUCAUCUUCCGACAAAAGAGACUCACCCUUCGUUUCCUUUGUGGGAUCUGGGACACACGCCGCAAGAAGUGUAUGAUCUUUUUUUUCCCGACCGAGUUCCGCUUUCUGUGCAAUCCUAAGAGGCCAGCUGUCUGUGGGCGAUUUGGACUCCCUGAAGAUCGACUUUGGCGAUUUGAAUUUGUCGUUGCGCCUGAUGAAGAUGACAUGGCGAUGGCAGAACAGGAUAAAGUACGCGAGGUGGUACACCCAUAUCUUACACAUCCUGGUAGUCGCUACGGGCUGAAGGAAGAUGUCGCAUUUCCAGAAGACUGCAUUGAAGUUCUCCGAUCGCGACCAUUCCGAUUCUCAGCAAGAAGCUGCAACAAAUGGGCGCUUGACAGAGUGAUUCUGUCUGGUGAUGCAGCUCAUGUAUUUCCACCGUUCGGAGGCCAGGGAAUUGCAUCUGGAUUCCGAGAUGCCAUAUCGCUCUCCUGGCGCCUUGCUAUCGCAUGCUCACGCGAGUCGACUUUCGAUUACAAUGGUCUCCUUGAAGGGUGGUACCUUGAACGAAAACAACAACUGGAUAAAUCCCUCAGAGUGACUGUCCGCAACGGCGAUAUGGUCAACGGGAAGGGCUCGAUCCCGAUAUUCGUCCGCGACUGGGGACUAUGGCUGAUCCAGAAAGUUCCUUCCUGGAAACACUGGCUGGAACGUGGUCCUCGAGGGGAACCUCCGACUCAGUAUACACAUUCACCUGGUAUGCCAUUCAUGCCGGAGCUUGGAGGAGGUCUUUAUUUUCCUCAGAUAUACUGUAUUGGACUUCAACCAGGGUCCUCGGUGCAGUUCACAGAUGAUCUUAUCUUUGGUGGGAAGAAGAAGAUGUUCCAGAUUGUGGUUUUAUUGGACAACGUUCAAGAGCUUGAUUCCGCGAUUGAAGAUAUGGAAGGCAUUGGUCAAAACAGUGAUUUUCUCUCACAGGAAGAAGCUACUUUCUUCGUACCCCGAAAUCGAUAUAUAGCCAAGGUUACAGGUGAAGACUACGGGCGCCCGUUGUUUCGGAGUGCUACCAGUGACGAAUUCUCCAAAUCACCUCUUUGUGCAUCACGAGCAGAGCCGUACGGGUAUGAUGAGAUGCUGAUGUGGCAGAGUGCCCGAGGAAAUCGAUACGCCAUUUUGAGACUUGAUCGGUUUGUUUUUGCUUUUUGCAGUACGAGGGCGGAACUGGAGAAGGCCGCUGCGCGCAUAACUGAGCUGUUCUGA